GAAGCCGCCGCUUUCCGCCUGCUGCAGUUGAUAGUAUCAUCUGAGAGGCAGGGCAAGUGCCGGUUUACAUCCCAAGCUCUGCACCUUGCAUUAAGCUCAGACAGCCGCCUGCUGCGAGGACGGGGAAUUACCACGGAAAUUGUAAAGCGAAGGCGCAGGUACAGGAGGCACAGCCGUUCUUUCCUUCACCGAGGGCUGGACAGGAACUGACCACAGCAAACUUUACUGAACACUACCGCUGGACAAUGUUGGCAUCUUUAAUGUUUCACUGGGAAUGCCAUUUCUGUACAAACAACCAGAGCAGGAAGAGAACUCCAUACAACAACCCAGACGGAAUUUGAAUUCAGGGUCUUGAGGAAAAGAGCAGUGCUAAUCCAUCAGGUCUCCCUGGAAUAGAAGCUCUCAGUGCCUACCUGAACCCCGGAGGUGUCUUCAACUGUUGGGCAUCUGAGAAGGUUGAAAACGGUUGAUUGGAUUCCAUCAUUAUGAUUAGAUUUAAGUUGUUUUGAAUUGUUUAAGCUUUAGUUACAGUAGGUUGGUGUUACUCCUUUCAAAUAGUUAUUUACGGUUAUUUCAAAAGAGAUAUGUUGAAAUUUCCAGUGAGGUUCUAUUGAUUAACCACAAAUUGUCAGUGAACAGGAAAGAAUGUGAAAUCUAAAUGAUUUUUUUAGUUCAUGAACAGCCUUGAUUAAAAAAAGCAUGCAUAGCAUAAAAGUGUUUCACCUCUGUAUUUCAUUUAUAUCAAACAGAACUAUGGUAACCAUUUACUCCUGGGCAAGGUUCAAUAAUUAUGGCACUUUAUUGCUGUCACUCUUGUUACAAGGUCCAUCUUUUUUACCAUUUCCGGAUAAGUACAACAUUCACGGGGCAAGCCAACUGCCUAGUCAGACGGUGGAAACUGAGGUUGAUUUUGUUUCAUGAAAAAUUGUUUAUAGUAGAAGACAUUUAAAUUUAAACUCAUUUUGAUUUAGUUAUUUUGUAUGUAACUUAGGCAGUAAUAGCUCAAGAAAAUGCCAUCUCUAAGGAAGAAGUUAAUGUUUCUCGCAGGAUUUUCUGUCAGUUUGGGAACUUGCAUGCUAAUAUCUGCAAUAUUGGCAACUGAUUCAUGGGUUGACACUGUAGUAAACUGCAAGAAUGAAAGUGGUGAUGCAGUUGGAGAAAUGAACCUCAAAUAUGGAUUGUUUGAUGGUUGGCGUGAAAAAUCUGGCUGUCUGAUUCUGAUAGCUGACGACACGAUAAAAGUUUUGGAAUGUUUUAAAAAUGCAAACACUGAAAGAGUUAUCCACAUCCUAGUUAUCCUGUUCGUGGUGCUUGGACUGUUGUUUACGCUGCUAAGUGCCAUAGUCACCUUGUACAAUAGCAUCAGUAAUCCAUAUGAGAACAUCUGUGGGCCAGUCAGUGUUUACACCUGUAGCUCCAUAAGUUGUGUUUCAACAUUUCUGGCAAUGGUUCUGUUUGCAGUGAACACAUCAGUGAACAAUUUAUCCACACUAUUGGUGACCAAUUCAAUUCAAGGAAGCCUGGUUACAUUCGAGCUUAAGGCUGAUAAUUAUGAUUAUUCAUUUUGGCUUAUCCUGCUGUCUCUGGUUCUUAAUAUCACUACAAUUGGAAUUGUUUAUGCAUAUCAACAUGCAAAUUAUACAAGAGAAAGAGAACAGAACAGACCAACGGAAAUCGCCCCAAAGGAUGUUUUGAUGUAUUAAUUCCAGAUGACUGAUGAAGGAAGAAAAUGCUAAACAAAUAUAAUAGAGAGUAUGUGCCAGGUAAUCCGAUAAACAUUAUACUGACGAUGUGAUUAUGAUGAGUGAGAUUUGCAGAGAUAAUAUCAAAUUAUUACUCCUUUACUUCAACAUAUUCUCUCAACAUAGCAUGAUUUGUGUUCCUGACACCAAACCCUGACAAAAGUGAUCCAAAAUGGAAUUAACAAUUUUGCAAAAACACCAGUGAUUAUGCAAAAAGUACCACUCGGGAAUAAUUUUCAGGCUUUUGAAGUUGGGACAAUAAUUAUGAACUAAUAUCAGGAUAUGUGAUGGGUGAAUUGACCUAAACUUGGUCUUAAUCUGUAUAUUUAAAUGAUAACUUUCCCAUUAGAUUAGGUCUUAGAAAGGUUAUAUUUGUCUCAGAGGGAGUACAUCUUAAGUUUACAGGAAUGAUAUCCAGACUUCACAGAUAAAGUUAUGAAGAAAGAUUACACAAGUUCGGCCUAUUUUCUCCAGAAUUUAAAAGGAUUGGGGGUGACUAGAUGGAAAUUUUCAAUAUAUUAACAGGAAAAUACAGGGUAGGUAAAUACAAACUAUUUCUGCUGAUUAGAGAUUCUAGAACUGUGAACAUAGUUUAAAAAUUAGUGCCAGACUGUUCAGGAGAGAUGUUGGGAGCACUUCUACAUGCAAAGGAUGGUAGUGGUUUGGAAUUCUCUGCCACAAAUGACGGCUGAUGCUAGAUAUUUUUUUUAAAUCUGAGAUAGAUUUUUUUUUUGUUAAGCGACACUAUUAAGAGAUAUGGGCCAAAGGCAGGUAUAUGGAUUUAGGCCACAGAUCAGCCAUGAUCUUAUUGAAUGGCAGAACAGAAUGGAGGGGCUGAAUGGCCUGCUCCUGUUCCCAUGUUCCUUUUAUCUGAACUUAUCUAUACUUACAGGUUCAAGUCAUUAGUACAAUUUCAUUGUGUUCUGGGUGAAGGGAUAUCGUUGUCCUCAGCUCAAUGAUAUCUAAAUGAUUGCAGAGCAUCAAAUAUCUACAGCAAUUUCUGGAUUCCCUCAUUAUUCUUCUCAUGUAGACUCUGAGAGUUGGUGCCAAUUGCAGUGGUGGAAUGACAGCGAAUAUUCAAUAGUUUUGCCAUCUCAACUCUGGCAAAGGCAAGCCUAUUCUCAUCUUUCCUGCAUUAUAUACAUGGGAAUGCUCAGCUGAAUCUGAAGCACUCUGUCCAUGUCUUGCAAUACAAUGAGAUACAUGACCUAUGAAUAUAGGAAUUAGGAGAAGUAGAUGAUUUGGUCCCUUGAACCUGCUGCAAUCUUUAGUAAGAUCAUAGCUGAUAUGUUCACUUUUCCAACUACACAUUCUCAUCUACUUCCAAUAACCUUUGAUUUACUUGCUUAACAUCAACCUACCUUUUACUGAAUAAGUACAAGUGAAGCACAAUGGGAUGAAAACUUCACCUAACAGAUCUAUUCCCCUUUCCUUCUGCUUUGUGCGAGGGGGCAAACACAGGAAGCUCAGCUUCAUAUUGCCAUCCAUCAUCCUACGUGACAAUAAUAAAUCAAAAAAAGUAUUUACUUUGCAUGAUCAUCAUUCUCUAUGUAAGUUGACUACUGAAUAUCCAAGUACAUUUUGCAAUCUGAUUUUAACUCUGUCCCAGUGGAUGGGCUUUGAAGUGGUUUCAGAUCUCAUCACUGGCGUCAUUCUUCUGCACAUUGAUUGGAAAUACUGUUCUACAAGCAUAAUUAUAAAUCCCUUCCUCUUACUGUCAGGCAAUAAAAGUAUCAGAUUUUUAAUUGUGAAUGCAAACAGCAUGGUGAUAGCCACUGUUCACUUUGUUGCAUUAUUGUCUUUGAGUCACGAGAUUUUGGAUCAAAGUUUAAUUCUAGACACUCAAUACCAAAAAUGAACGCUGAUAAGUUUAUGUAGUACUAAGAGAAUGCUACAUUGUUGUGAUACCACUUUUUAAGUUAAAUGGCAAACAUAGGUCCUGAUUGUGUUCUCAGGUGAAUGUACAAGUUCCCACAGCAAAGAUACAUCUGAAACAGUUUGUCUCACCAUUAUCAAUGGCUAUGCUGUACCCAAAUUAGCUCCAAUCUUCCUACAUUACAGCAAUGGUUGUGCUUCAAAACUUUUUAAAGUAUUGAAACUGGACUAAUAAUACAGAAAGCCAGAUAAAUGGUGGGAUCAUAAGUUUACUGACCUUAUUCAGUCUGGCUCUGAACUACCCUUUCAAAUGGCCAAGCAAGCCACUCAGUUUGAGAGCAAUUAUGUAUUGGCAACAAAUUGCUGGCCUUUCCUGUGAUACCCACUUUCGAUAAAAGAAUAGAGAAAAAGAAAUAAAAAAUGUGCUUCAGGAUUUCCUCAGGUUGUGAAUAGUGCAAUAUAAUUGUAAGUUUUUCAUAAUGCAAGUGUCUGCAAGAUGGCUAUAUAAAACUAAAAGACCAGAGACUGAUAUAUAAUUAAAUGGUUUCUAUAUGUUAAUAUUUUUCUCGUGAGCAUAUUCAUUUCUUGCUGAGGCAUAAUUUGUUGCCCUUUCCAGUCCCCUAUCCAAGAGGCCAUUAGCAACCCGAGAGUUUCAGUAAGCCAUGAGGAUACAUUGCAAUUGAGAUGAUUUCUGGCUUACCACAUAAAAUGUGCACAGCUACACUUUCUCUAAGAGUGGGAUUUCUAGCUCAUUUGCUUGUUGUAACCCAUUAGUGCUGAGCACCUGCUGCCAAAGCUGUGAUCAGCUAAUCCAACAAGCUUUGAACUUGGCACUUUCCUGAUCUGAAUGGUUUACUCAUUUGUAAGAUAAGUUUCUGACCCGACAAUCACUUGUUGUCAUUUCUAGACAAACACAAUUAAUGAUAUAUUCUAUUAUUAAGUGUUUCUUUAGAGCAGUAGCCUCCCUACAGACACAACAUAAUUUCAUACUUUGCUGAAAACCUUGGAUCGUAGAAUCAUACAGCUCAAAUGAUUACUUUUCAGCACAUUUUGUGCUGUUGGAUGAGCUGUGAAAGAGCUAUACAAUUAGCCCCAGACUUCUACAGUUACUGGGAAACCAUUUAUUUUUAUUUAUAUAUCUGAAUCCCUUUAGAAAAUUAAGACUAAAUGUCCUGUGGCUUGUACACUGCUCAUUACUGGGAGAAUGUGAAGAAAAUAUAACUUGAAAUGUAAUGUAGGCUGCUGUUCCCCAAUAGUAUUGACAGUAUUGUUUGACUAUUAAAAAUGUGUUUAAUUUCAGAAUUGUGUAUGUAAAUUGCUUAUCAAUUCAAGAGUAAGAGAUUAGUAUAUUUUAACUCUGACAUUGAUUGAAUGUAUUAGCUAAGGAUUUUAAAGGAUGUUAGGUGAAAGUGGUUUUAUGGAGUUAGAUCACAGAUCAACCAGGAUCUCCUCGCGUAUCGAGAGGCUAUAUGGCCUGGCCUUGACUUUACAUUUUAGUGAUGUUUUCGUAUCUUUUAUUUGAUGAUAUGUGCUAUGCUGUUGUACACCUUCAUAUAAAGAAUCUUUGGUAAAGCACAGAAUACAGAGAUGUUUCCAACUGUGCACUCUCAGGUGACUGAAAGAUUAUGUGUAAAAUAAAUUAAUGAAAUAAA